CUCAUGUCAUAGUAGUCUCUAUGAUUUCAUAGUGUUUCGCGGCUCGGAUGAACCAAGGCCAAAUAAUACAUACUUCGACCGAAAACGUGGCAGUGCAUUCCUUGUUUGUUGAUUGCCCCUACAAGUCUCAGUUGUGCCGGGAUAGCCGCACUGCCACGUGUCAACGCGGUCGCAGACCAACAACAACAACUUGUGGCCAAGGCUCAACCUCUCGACUCCGCUCCGUCUGCUCUUUGCCUGGCCAACGCCUGUCGCUCCCUUCCCUACCAAGCCUCAACCUGCUUUUGUACUCCUUGAAAAAUCCCUCUGCUGUUCGUGCCGUAUUCGUGCUGAUGACUUGGGAAGAAUAUGACCAACGAGAGGCACGAGAUAACUACUCAUCAUGCUCCGGGCCAAGCGCACCUAAACUGAGGACAAGCAAGACAUCUUCUCUGCGGUCCCAAAACACAGCAAGUACCAGUGUUAUUACUCUGAAAGAGUAUGAGACCCGUUUACGCUCCAUCUCCGACGCUGUUGCUCAAACCCCAUUUCUCUACGAUGCUCCUACCCCACCCACUGCCUCGUUCAUUGGAUCCAAGCCUCCCGAAGAGGAGAGCCAUGUCCAGGUCGACUUCUCCGUGUAUACGAAUGCUAUAUUUGGAUCUAACCACAGAUAUCCUGGCCUCGAUACCAUUGCUGACGAUAUAGUUCGAAGUGAUGAGUUCUCUCGAUAUCGAAAGACAUAUCUUGAGCGAUACGGUGCCAAAAAGAAAGCGCCUUUAUCUCCGGAAGUGCCUGACCCUGACGUGGAUCUAAUGCGAUUGUUCAACUUUGUUGUUUGGAAGGCGCCAUCAUUUGGGUUUUCUCACCAAUAUGCUCACGAUAUCCAUUAUGGAAAGCGUCCGGAAGAGCCUGGCACAGCGCAGCCGAAACACCGAAUCCCCCAACCUCGCUGUCUCGGUGUUGAAUGUGUCGCAAUAAAGAAUAAGGAGCUUGGUUUCGAGUUUUCCAAUUCAAUACUCUCUCGCUCCCCCCCUCCCGUUGACUAUGGGUUUCCCCGGGCAGAAUGCGACACAGAGUGCAUGUCUCGUAUUCCCGUGGAGCCUCGCUACGAUCAUUCCCCUGGAGGGACGAAACGACCUCGUGACUUUAUACUCAUGGGUUCAGAUGCUACUCGCCAGCCAUCAAAACGUCGAAAACUACGACAUCUUCCCCCUCCUGUGGCAUCCUCUCCCCUCCGUCCCCCAAAUCUUAUCCAGUAUGCUACGGAAGCCAUUUGCAUCCCUGGAAAUAGGCGUCAUGUUCUUGGUCUGCAUGUUGAAGGUGGAACGUUACAGUUCUGGUACUUUGACCGUGCUGGUUCUGUCUCUUCGACUAUGCUUGAUCUUGAGAAAGACGAACAUCAAAUUGUCGCUACUCUCCUUCAUCUAUCUCUCGCAAGCAAAGCGUGCUUGGGCUAUGAGUCCUUCUUCAAGCUGUCUAGUAAGAGGGGUGGCCGGAGAGAAUGGUGGACUGCUGAAGGCCAUGAGAUCGAGGUUGGAGGCGAGCAAUAUAAACUUGUAGAUGUCAUCCAUUUAGCAUCGUCUUUAUAUGGGCGGGGAACUACAGUUUUUGGGGCGCAAAGGUUGCAUGGGCCUGAAAAUGAUCUCCCCAUACCCGAUUCAGUCAUUGUCAAGUGCGCUUGGCAGCCAGUAUCGAAACAUAACGAAGAUGAGCUGUUUCGAAUUGCCCAUGCACGCGGAGUUGAAGGUAUUGCUAGACUCUAUGGUUCUACCAUUGUUGGCCGACUCUCGGAGGGGACACGCGGUAGAUUGUGCAACCAGAGAUACUUCCAAGAUCGCGAAUUUCGUAUCCAGGUUAUGGGACCGCGUUGCAUGCCGCUUUACAAGGUCAAGGGCCUUGACCAUUUCAAGAUAGCGUUCACAUCCUUAGUUCAAGCACACCAUGAUUUGUACGGAAAAGCAGGGAUUUUGCAUCGUGACAUCAGCAUUAAUAACCUCAUGGUAGAUCUGAAUGAUCCUACUAAAGGUGUCUUAAUUGAUUUGGACAUGGCGGUUCGUGACAAGGAUCCCGAUACUAACACCCUUCUGGAUGUUCCUCCAUUGCCGGGAGCAACACUUCCAUUUCGCUCAGUCGAGCUUUGUUAUCCUGAUCCUCUUCCACGUACUCGGUAUCGACAUGAUCUCGAGUCCUUCUUCUUUGUGUUGUUAUGGAUGGCUUUAUAUCGGGUUGGAAAGUCUUUUGAUAGUCACUUUGGACAUUGGAGUGCAGGAACAUGGUCAGAUAUUCGCGCGACCAAGCGGGGAUUCUUAAUGCUUCCAUCAAUUACAUACUUCUCGGAUUCCAUGCCUUUGAAGAUGGAGUGGAUUCUACCGUUGUGGCGGUCGCUUGCCGAGGGAUACGAAGCCAAAGUUGUUGAUGAAGAAACAUUGGAUAAUCAUGUGUCAUAUGAUGUAUACAUGGAUAUAUUAAAAAGUUCAUAGAGGAAAAUCCCCUUCCA